CCCCGCUCCUGGGUCGCCGCCCCGCCCAGGCCCGCAGCGCGGCGCUGCAGCGCGAGGGGCGGAGAGGCAGAGCUCCGCGAGAGGACCAGACGCCUAAAGUCGCCAGCAUCCCGCUGCAGCAGAAGAGAGGAAGUGCUCCCGGGCCCUGCUCCUCAGCCUUCAUCCGGGCGCUCCCAGAGCAUUCUUGGCCCGAGAUCGAGCACCUGUCCUCCGACUCGGCCUCUGCUGAGCUCCCGCCUCCGAAGCACGCACCACCCCUGCCGCCCAAGAAGUGCCCAGCCCCAAGACGGCGACCACCAUGGCAGAGACCAACAACGAAUGUAGCAUCAAGGUGCUCUGCCGAUUUCGGCCCCUGAACCAGGCCGAGAUCCUGCGGGGGGACAAGUUCAUCCCCAUUUUCCAAGGGGACGACAGCGUCGUUAUUGGGGGGAAGCCAUAUGUCUUUGAUCGUGUAUUCCCCCCAAACACGACUCAGGAGCAAGUUUAUCAUGCAUGUGCCAUGCAGAUUGUCAAAGAUGUCCUUGCUGGCUACAAUGGCACCAUAUUUGCUUACGGACAGACAUCCUCAGGGAAAACACAUACUAUGGAGGGAAAGCUGCAUGACCCCCAGCUGAUGGGAAUCAUUCCUCGAAUUGCCCGAGACAUCUUCAACCACAUCUACUCCAUGGAUGAGAACCUUGAGUUCCACAUCAAGGUUUCUUACUUUGAGAUUUACCUGGACAAAAUUCGUGACCUUCUGGAUGUGACCAAGACAAAUCUGUCUGUGCACGAGGACAAGAACCGGGUGCCAUUUGUCAAGGGUUGUACUGAACGCUUUGUGUCCAGCCCAGAGGAGAUUUUAGAUGUGAUUGACGAGGGGAAAUCGAAUCGUCAUGUGGCUGUCACCAACAUGAAUGAACACAGCUCUCGCAGUCACAGCAUCUUUCUCAUCAACAUCAAGCAGGAGAACAUGGAGACUGAGCAGAAGCUCAGUGGGAAGCUGUAUCUGGUGGACCUGGCUGGGAGCGAGAAGGUCAGCAAGACUGGAGCAGAGGGAGCUGUGCUGGACGAGGCAAAGAAUAUCAACAAGUCACUGUCAGCCCUGGGGAACGUGAUCUCUGCGCUGGCUGAGGGCACUAAAAGCUAUGUUCCAUAUCGUGACAGCAAAAUGACACGGAUUCUCCAGGACUCUCUGGGAGGGAACUGCCGGACAACUAUGUUCAUCUGCUGCUCACCGUCCAGCUACAAUGAUGCGGAGACCAAGUCCACCCUGAUGUUUGGGCAGCGGGCAAAGACCAUUAAGAACACAGCAUCAGUGAAUCUGGAGUUGACUGCUGAGCAGUGGAAGAAGAAAUACGAGAAGGAGAAGGAGAAGACAAAGACUCAGAAGGAGACAAUUGCAAAGCUGGAGGCUGAGUUGAGCCGCUGGCGCAAUGGAGAGAAUGUGCCUGAGACGGAACGCCUGGCCGAGGAGGAUGCAACUCUGGGGGCCGAGCUGUGCGAGGAGACACCUGUGAACGACAACUCCUCCAUCGUGGUGCGCAUCGCACCCGAGGAGCGGCAGAAAUACGAGGAGGAGAUCCGGCGCCUCUACAAGCAGCUUGAUGACAAGGAUGAUGAGAUCAACCAGCAGAGCCAGCUCAUAGAGAAGCUCAAGCAGCAAAUGCUGGACCAGGAAGAGCUGCUGAUGUCCACUCGAGGAGACAAUGAGAAGGUCCAGCAGGAGCUGAGCCACCUGCAGUCAGAGAACGAUGCCGCUAAGGAUGAGGUGAAGGAAGUACUACAGGCUCUGGAGGAGUUGGCUGUGAACUACGACCAGAAGUCCCAGGAGGUGGAGGAAAAGAGCCAGCAGAACCAGCUUCUGGUAGAUGAGCUAUCUCAGAAGGUGGCCAGCAUGCUGUCCCUGGAGUCUGAGUUGCAGCGGCUACAGGAGGUCAGUGGACACCAGCGAAAACGAAUUGCUGAAGUGCUGAACGGGCUGAUGAAAGACCUGAGUGAGUUCAGUGUCAUCGUGGGCAACGGGGAGAUUAAGCUGCCGGUGGAGAUCAGUGGGGCCAUUGAGGAGGAGUUCACUGUGGCCCGACUCUACAUCAGCAAAAUCAAAUCGGAGGUCAAGUCUGUGGUCAAGCGGUGUCGGCAGCUGGAGAACCUCCAGGUUGAAUGUCAUCGCAAGAUGGAAGUGACUGGGCGGGAGCUCUCAUCCUGCCAGCUCCUCAUCUCCCAGCAUGAGGCCAAGAUCCGCUCACUUACGGAAUACAUGCAGAGUGUGGAGCUAAAGAAGCGGCACCUGGAAGAGUCCUAUGACUCCCUGAGUGAUGAGCUGGCUAAGCUCCAGGCCCAGGAAACUGUGCAUGAAGUGGCCCUGAAGGACAAGGAGCCAGACACACAGGAUGCAGACGAAGUGAAGAAGGCCCUGGAGCUGCAGAUGGAGAGUCACCGGGAGGCCCAUCACAGGCAGCUGGCCCGGCUCCGGGAUGAGAUCAACGAGAAGCAGAAAACUAUCGAUGAGCUCAAAGACCUGAAUCAGAAACUCCAGUUAGAGCUAGAGAAGCUUCAGGCUGACUAUGAGAAGCUGAAAAAUGAAGAACAUGAGAAGAGCACCAAACUCCAGGAGCUGACAUUUCUGUACGAGCGACAUGAGCAGUCCAAGCAGGACCUCAAGGGUCUGGAGGAGACAGUUGCCCGGGAACUCCAGACCCUCCACAACCUUCGCAAGCUGUUCGUUCAAGACGUCACGACUCGAGUCAAGAAAAGUGCAGAGAUGGAGCCCGAGGACAGUGGGGGGAUUCACUCCCAAAAGCAGAAGAUUUCCUUUCUUGAGAACAACCUGGAACAGCUUACAAAGGUUCACAAACAGGUGGAUGACUGGGUUUCAAAGCUGGUACGUGACAAUGCAGAUCUGCGUUGUGAGCUUCCUAAAUUGGAAAAACGACUUAGGGCUACGGCUGAGAGAGUUAAGGCCCUGGAGGGUGCACUGAAGGAAGCCAAGGAGGGUGCCAUGAAAGACAAGCGCCGGUACCAGCAGGAAGUGGACCGCAUCAAGGAGGCGGUUCGGUACAAGAGCUCUGGCAAGAGGGGUCAUUCUGCCCAGAUUGCCAAACCCGUCCGGCCUGGCCACUACCCAGCAUCCUCACCCACCAACCCCUAUGGCACCCGGAGCCCUGAGUGCAUCAGUUAUACCAACAGCCUCUUCCAGAACUACCAGAAUUUGUACCUGCAGGCCGCACCUAACUCCACCUCAGAUAUGUACUUUGCAAACUCCUGUACCAGCAGUGGGGCCACAUCAUCUGGCGGCCCCUUGGCUUCCUACCAGAAGGCCAACAUGGACAAUGGAAACACCACAGAUAUCAACGACAAUAGGAGUGACCUGCCAUGCGGCUAUGAGGCUGAAGACCAGGCCAAGCUUUUCCCUCUCCACCAAGAGACGGCAGCCAGCUAAUCUCCCACAUGGACUACUGCAUACCUGCACUUUCAGUUUCUAAGAGGGAAUGAGGCCUCUUCUCUCAGCAUGCUGCAAACCUGCGGUCUCUGACGCUAACUCCCUCCCCAACCCUUGUUGUUCGACUAUACUAUGUUUGAUGUCUUUCUUCUCUUACUCUGUAUCUCUUUGUACUCUGUAUCUAUAUAUCAAAAGCUGCUGCUAUGUCUCUGUCUUACUCUCUAAGUAUCUAAUGAUGUAUUUAGCAAUUUCUAAACAUAGUAUAUACCCUCCUCAUUUGGGGCAAUAGGGAGGAGGGCGAAUGUCUCUUCUUUCUCUCAUAUAUGCGUUUCUCACACUGUGGUGUUACUCACGGAGAUGAUAAAAGGAAAAAUGGGAGCUAGAGGGCUGUGAUCCUUCACACACACACACGCACAUGCACACGCGUGCGCGCGCGCGCACACACACACAAACACACACACACAUACAUACACAUACACACACACACACACAAAGCCUUAAACAGAAGAAUGUCUUAGCAUCAUAAGAAGAUACAAAAAUAGGCUCUUCCUCCCUCCUCUUUCACAUAUAAAACAGGGGAGGGUAAAAUGGAAGGACUACUAAAUUAUAUGAAGAAUUGUAUUCAUACCCCUCACCCAAACAGAGGGAUUGCAGGUCUGCACCUCUGCCCUCUGUGUUUUUCCUCCCUCUUCAUAUUCCCCCAGGAUGACCAAGAACAUGGAUUGCUCAAGGGACCACUUCCCUUUUUCCUCAAAACUCCUUUUGAUAUUCUCGACCCCAGAGCUCAUGACCAGAACGUAGAGUUGCUUUGCAAUAUUUUGAAAACUGGAGGAGGCAGAUCCUCCUGACCAGUCUGUCAAAUGGUUGCUUGUCUGCCCAUGGUAGUGAUAGGCAGGCAUAGUCAAAUGACUGCUGCUUUGGCCUUGAGGAUGAACAGGCUGGGAAAUUCCUAAGUAUUUUUUGCCACAGUGAUGAGCUGGGUCUCUUUCUCUGUCCCGUAUUGUGCUGCAUGUUCUUCCCAUCUCCACCUUUUGGUUUGGGGACUUCCAGUUCAUUGGCAAAAUGUCUAUCUUGAGAUGGCCUUCCUUUCAAGCUAGAACCUGCCUUUUCCCCAAUUUACAUUAAAAAAAUUUUUUUUUGACAAAGAGUUCCUUCUAUAAUGUCCCCAUCAGGUAAGUGCACUUUAAAGAAAGGGGCAGGGCAGAUUUUCCAGAGGUGGGGGAGCCCAAGGGCUUGAACUAGGGGGUCUCCUUCCCCAGGCUCCACAUCCCCCAUGUAAUUGAUAGGACUCUGUUUUGGUUUCAGACAUCCUUUCCUUCCACAUGGUGCUAAGGUGGUUUUCUAGGUAACGGCAAGGAUGGAGAGUGGAGGUUACAAGCCAGUCCAAAUCAAGAAAGUCUGGUGUCCAAAUAUCCAGUCUUAUCUAGGGUGGAAGAACAGAAUUCCCCCAGCAGCAGGGCAAUGAUCUGCUAGCUUCUAAGUCAGGAAAGAAAGUUCAGUGUGAGAGCCAGUUUCUCACAGUAAAUAUAGACUGCAUUGACCCAGAACUCCUUCAAGGAAAACGACCCUUCUCCCUUUAGCUGUUGGACUGCCUUUAGCAAUUAAGGAGAAAUGCAGGGGAAAAAAUACAAGAGGGAUGUGAAAUAAAUCCAAGGCAGUGAUAGUCAAACAUUUUCAAAACAAAUCUUACAUAGAACCCUGAUAUAUGAAAUAACUAAAAGUGAUGCAGACCUGGGCAGAUUGCAUUUUCUUUAGUAGGUGAACAAUGCUUCAUUCACUGAGGAGAGACAGUCCUAAGAAACCCUGAGGGGUUCUGUAGUUUGAAAACCACUGUUCUGAGGAAAGUGGUCCAAUCUGACUUCCCUGUCCCAAGCUUGCAAUUCAUAGCAAAGACCCAGUCAGACAGGAAGAAGAUACCUGUGCACCUGUAGACUUGUGCUAAUAUUUGCCAGGAAGGCAUUUAAAAAUUCAGUGGGUUUUAUGUAAUCUUGCCACCAAAUGAGUCUUUUAAAACACAUAAGAAAAUGUGAGUUUGUAGGGCAGAUAAGGAGAGAGGUGACAGAGGAAGCAGCCUUCUCUUUAGCAAGAUGUAAGGGAAAUAGACUUCACUUACAUAAAUCAGAACCGACACACACACAAAGCCUUCACCAAAAGGUUCGCCCUACAUCUUGCUCCCCCAUUCCUCUCCUCCCCACCACAUCCCUUUCAGAGAGCCAGGGUCACCACAAAGGGUACCUGGCCUGCCCACUUACAUCUGCCAAAAUGUUGCAUGCCAGCGUGGAAGACAAACCAAACUGCACAAACCCCAGUGUGUAUUUAUUUGAUGUAUAUAGAUACCUUUAAAAUAAAAUAAAUUCAAUGAUGACUCUA